AAAAUGUUAUUAUAGAUGGUCCUCGGUUUACGACGUUCCCUGUUUAUGUAUGCGCUCCCAUAAAUUAAAAACAAAAUUUCCAUCUGUCAACACGACGCUCACUCGAGGACUAGUCAUGGCGGAAGAAUAAAUAGUUAGUGGCGGUAUAAUAACGAGCUGUGCACUCCUGUCUUGUCCUUUAGCGUAAUAGUGUGGAUUUCAAAUGGAUAUGCAGCUAUCACGCGUGCGUAGAUAACGUUAAAAAAGGUCAUUUUCCACAUGUUCACAUGAAUAUGAUAACCUAAUGAAUCAUAAAUUUCAUUGUUUAAUAGUGCAAAACACAUAUUUACAUGUUGUAGUGUAAAAUGUACAUUCAUUGACAAAACACAACAUAUAAUAUAGCAUUAUUAUGAUGAGGUGAUGUCUCCUCCACCAAGACCUCCUACUCCAUGGCUUCAAACAUAAUUUUUCAUUCACGGCCACUCUCCUGUCCCAAAUGCUGGUACCACACGCACAAUCCAAAUUUAAAUAGGGCUGUCUGAGUUUACUGUGUUUUAUGACCUUCAUGUGUUCUAUGUACAAUGUGAGUGGUAAUUUGGGUAUGAAUAUUUAAGUAUGAAUUCUGACUUACACUGCGCUGUAGGAAUGGAACUCGUUCAGAACCCCAGGACCACCUGUAGUAGUGCAUAUGUGAAUGAUAAGAAAUGUACCUUUGUCCGCAGAGAAACUGGAGAGCAUGAAGAAGGAUUUGCAGUAUAUGUAAAGCAGACCAUCCCUCCAACCAUGUGUGGCAUCUUUUGUGUUUUGAGUCUAUCGCCUGCUCAUUUCAAGCGAGACAAUGACUUGUCUGAACAUUUGAAAAGAAGAGGGCCCAACUCAAGCAAGGAUUGCAUAGCUACGGGGUCAAAUCAUCAUUAUCAGUGCUUCUUUUCAGCCCAUGUUCUUCACAUGAGAGGUCUUCUGACACCUCAGCCAAUUGAGGACACAACUGGAAAUAUCUUGGUGUGGAAUGGAGAGAUUUUUGGAGGUUUACAAGUAUUGCCAUCCCAGAAUGACACGGCUGUUGUCUUGAAGUGUCUGUCAUCCUGCAGCACCUCUUCCGAGAUUUUGUCUGUCCUUUCUACUAUAAGGGGACCGUGGGCGUUUGCUUACUACCAAAAAUCUGAAGAGUACCUGUGGUUUGGGAGAGAUUACUUUGGCAGACGGAGUUUGCUGUGGAAAUAUGAUGCGGAAAUAAAGACCCUGACUCUGACCUCUGUGGCAAGCAACACUUGUGGACCUGGUCAGUCUGCAUGGCAAGAAGUUCCAGCAGUUGGCGUGUACAGGAUUGACUUGAAGGCAGUUUUUGAAUCUGGAUUGCUUUCAAUAGAGCUUCAUGCCUGGGCUCAUGCAGAAGAUGAUGUUUCUAACUAUCAAACUAUGUGGGAAUCUGUCCCCAGCAGCUGUACAAUUUUGGUCAACCCGUCAGGUCUGCUCAGGUCACCUAUUUGUCCUCUCAGUAGGUUGACCCCAAAGACGUUGAAUGAGCAUGAAAUAGAUGUAAAGCCGUAUUCCAGUGUUGAUGAGCUGGAUCAGCUUUUAACCAAAGUCAAGAAAAACAAUGAAGUGAAAGGGCUUAUUGAUAUUCUCAGCGAAGCAGUAAGAAGACGCGUUCAAUCGAUGCCACUUAGCAUACAGGAUGACUCAGAGACCAAAGACGAGGCCACUGUUGCCAUACUUUUUUCAGGUGGCAUCGAUUCUAUGAUUCUAGCGGUUUUGGCUAAUUGUCACAUACCUGCUCAUCAUCCCAUAGAUCUUCUAAACGUAGCAUUUCAACUUCAGGAGCCAAAGGUACAGAAAGAGCCAGCAAAGAAACAAAAACACAAAAAUAAGCUGUCUCACAGUGGACAGACUGAUGGAACUGAAUCACAGGCAUUCAGUUCUUUUGAUGUCCCAGACAGAAUCACAGGCAAAUCUGGGCUCAAGGAGUUACAAGACUUGGCUCCUGAAAGAAGAUGGAAUUUUGUGGAAAUCAAUGUAACACAGGAGGAGCUGCAGAGAAUGCGACACGGACGCAUCUGCCACUUAGUGCAUCCCUUGGACACGGUGCUUGACGACAGCAUUGGCUGUGCAGUGUGGUUUGCGGCAAGAGGCACAGGGUUCAUCACAGAGAAUGAUGACCAGAAAGUCUUUACCUCAUCAGCCAAGGUCAUAUUGACAGGAAUUGGAGCAGAUGAGCAGCUAGCAGGUUACUCAAGACACAGAAUGAUAUUCAAGGCAUCAGGACAUGAAGGACUGAUCCAGGAAAUUGCUAUGGAGUUGGGUAGGAUUUCCUCCAGGAAUUUGGGCAGAGAUGACCGAGUGAUUGCAGACCAUGGAAAAGAGGCGAGAUUUCCUUACUUGGACGAGAGUGUGGUGAGUUAUUUGAAUUCUCUGCCCAUGUGGGAGAAGGCAGACCUGUCACUUCCUCGAGGUGUUGGAGAGAAACUCCUCCUCAGACUUGCUGCCAAAGAACUCGGCCUCAGCUCGUCAGCGGUCUUACCCAAGAGAGCCAUGCAGUUCGGCUCCCGUAUUGCAAAGAUGGAGAACAAACGCGAGAAGGCCUCCGACAGAUGCAAAAGGCUCCUCGCUGAGUAGAUAUAUUGAUUUCUGCUGAAAAUCAUUUUAAUGCUUCAAGUCCCAAAUAUCAUGUCAUGUCUUUGGUAAUGUUUGAGUGAUUCUAUAGCUAUUGUCCCAGUUGAUUUCCUCUCCCAAACUCUGUGCUGCGACACAUUGUGCACCAUAGAAGACGAAGAGUGCCACAGUAAAUUUUUCAAUUUCACUACAAACACGGUAUCUUGGUUUAUCUAUGCCAGUCACAUAUAGUGACAAGCAGAACAGUUAAAUGCUCUUCUGCUCGAUGGCAGGUGGUACAUAAUUUCUAUAUCCACAUGCUGCCUUUGUUUUGUAGUGUGCCGUGAAAUUUGUCUAAUCUAAAAGAUGUGCCCCAGCCUAGUAAAGUCUGGGAAAUGGUGCUCUACAUCAUAUAUGUCUUGGUGUUAUGCAAGUGUUCUUUGAAAUAAAUGUCACACUCAA